UCUUCAACCUGACGCUUGGCCCUUCUUGCUUUUCGCAAGGAGCUCAGGGAUCGUUCCGACGAACAUCGGAAGCAUCAGAGAACUUCUCUAAUCCGGUGAGUUUUUUCCCCAUUACUCAUACGUCUAUUUUAUAUGAAAAGAUGUUUGGUUUUUUGGGCAAAGCAUUUUCUCAGUAUCGGAAGGUAGAUCUGAAAGCUAGUUCUGUGCGGUAUAUUAGGACUAAGACGAUUCCUUCUCCUAAAUCACCACACCAACAACAACCCCUAACCGUUUCUUACCUCACUGACUCAUGUGGGUUGUCGUUGGAUAAAGCUAUUUCAGCUUCUAAGUGGAUUAACCUUAAGAACACUGAAGGACCAGAUUCAGUUCUUAGGCUUCUACAAAGUUAUGGUUUCACUAAAUCCGACAUUGCUACUUUGAUCUCUAAGCACCCACGUUGUUUGAUGGCUAACCCAGAGAAAACUCUUAGGCCCAAGAUUGAGUUUUUUGAGUCUUUGGGCAUCGUGGGAGAAAGCCUGACUAAGGUUAUCUGUUCAAAAGAACGUAUUCUCCAGAGUAGUUUGAAGAAGCAAAUAAUACCUUUUGUUGAUUUCGUUAAAGGGAAUUUUGGGACAGGUGAGAACAUUGUGUGUUCUUUGAAAAGUCUCAGUACAUGGAGUAUUUUUUGGUGUAAUCCUGAGAAGACUAUGGCUCCUAAUAUAUCCACAUUGCGUGCACAAGGUGUGCCAGAAGGCCAUAUUCAGACACUACUAGUGUGGCACCCUCGGGCAUUUACAUGUAAUGUUGAUUUCUUUGAAGAGAUGGUUCAUGAAGUUAAAGCAAUGGGUUUUGAACCAGCAAAAAAGUCCUUCAUUUAUGCUCUUCGUCCAAAGACAGCUAUGAGCAAGGAAACUUGGGAAAAAAAGAAGGAGUUUUUGAUGAGCUAUGGUUGGUUGGAGGAGCAAUUUCAAUCUGCAUUUGUACAUCAGCCGGUUUUCAUGCUUACCUCAGAGAAGAAGAUCGAGAAAGUGAUGGAUUUCCUUUUAAACACUGCAGGUUUGAAGUCAUCAGAUGUAGCAAAGUGCCCAAAUCUUUUACUUUGUAGCUUGGAGAAGAGACUUAUUCCAAGAUGGUUAUUCAUGAAAGUUUUAAUGUCCAAAGGUUUGAUAAAGCCUGUUGAGUUAACCUGGUUCUUAACUUUGAGCAAUAGUGUUUUUGAGAGGAGGUAUGUGAUUGAAUAUGAGAAGGAUGCUCCUGAAGUGAUAAAGGCAUACCGGGAUGGGACUGGGUUCAAGGAUUUGGUAACAGAUUGUAACACUUGAAAUUGGCUGAAGGGAUGUCUCAUGUACGCUGCAAUUGCUUGUGAUACAGUGGCAGUAAGCAUUGAGGAGGGCUAACUUGUUAGGACUUACAUCAUCAUGUAGAAAAGAGAUGCUGAAUUUCUUCAACUAAAGGGAGCUUUAUCUUGCCUCAAAAUAAGGGUUCACGUUCCUUAUUGACACCUUUUUGCUCUGUUUAUUUUGCCAUUGAAGUUAAUUUAGAACUUGAGUCAUGAGAGAUGCUUACCAGUUUUCAUUUAUUGACCCUUCUCUGACUUGAAAUCUUUUUAGGACAACAAGAUGUUUGAAUGACGGAUCAUUGGCUUUGUAGAGUCUGAACCAUACUGUCUGGUAUUGGUUGCUUUCAUCUUCCUGUCAUAUUGUUUCCUCUUGAUAUGUGUGAUGAGCAAGCGAUGAUCCAGUCAUCGGAUGCAACAAUGUAUCCCUCAUUCCCCAUAGCAAGAACACUAAAACUUUUGUAAUUCUAAACAUCAAUCUUGCUUUUUUACUUUGGGGUACUAAUUGUUUUGAUAUUUGACUUUCACGGAGAUUUUGCCAUUUAUGCGCAAAACUUAACGUUCAGUUUACACAUAUCUGUACUGCAACUAACAGUUCCA